GCCGACGAGGACGAGCGUGGCCGAGCACGUGACUUUUAAGGAGGCGCGUGGCCCCGCCUUUCCGCCUGCGCGCUCUGUGUGUCGCCUGGUGUAGAGAGUAAAGGCUGUGUCUCCAGGAAGAGAGAGGGAGAGCGACCACAGCACAGACCGGAUCCCUCUCCUCUCUCCAGCUCACUCGUUCGCCUCGCUCCGCUUCCUCUGUAACCAUGUCUGACAAACCCGAUAUGGCUGAGAUUGAGAAAUUCAAGAAGUCGAAAUUGAAGAAGACAGAAACGCAAGAGAAAAAUCCACUGCCUUCGAAAGAAACGAUUGAACAGGAGAAGCAAGCAGGCGAAUCGUAAUGAGGCAUGCGCCACUAAUAUGCACUGUACAUUCCACAAGCAUUGCCUUCUUAUUUUACUUCUUUUAGCUGUUUAACUUUGUAAGAUGCAAAGCGGUUGGAUCAAGUUUAAAUGACUGCGCUGCCCCUUUCCACAUCAAAGAAUGGAGAACUACUGACAACGAAGGCGCCUGCCUUUCCCAUCUGCCUGGCUGGCUGGCUGGCUGGCUGGCAGGGAAGGAAAAGAACUUGCAUGUUGGUGAAGGAAGAAGCUGGGUGGGAGGACAGUGAGAUCUAGAGUAAAAAACCAAGCUGGCCCAAGGUAUCUUGCAGGCUGUCAAAAUGCAGUUUAAUCAGAGUGCCAUUUUUUUGUUCAAAUGAUUUUAAUUAUUGGAAUGCACAAUUUUUAAUAUGCAAAUAAAGUUUUAAAACGUGAAAAAAAUA